AUGAAAAGAUUUUGUCAAGUUGUGGCUGAAAUAUUUGGCGAACGUUAUCUUAGAAGGCCAACAACAAAUGAUAUUUCUAGACUUCUCUAUAUUGGAAACAAACGAGGAUUUCCUAGAAUGUUAGGAGGUUUAGAUUACCGUAAUGAAAAGCUUACGAUCAUUCUUGAAGUUGUAGCAGAUUAUGACUAUGGAUAUAGCAUGCGUAUUUCGGUUUUCCAAGCACUACAACGAUAUAAAUGUGUUGAAGUCAUCUUAUCUGUUCUCAAAUCUAACUCAAGAUCAUUGUUUGUUCUUCUUCUUCUUCAACUGCUGUCUUUCGAGUCCUACGGAGUAUCGGAGGAUAUGGGGAGUCAUAUCAAAGCAUGCCACGAAAUGGACCUGAAAGGACUAACCGAGUUCAAGGCUGGGAUCAAAACCGAUGGCUCAGACCGUCUAAAGGCUUGGACUGGGCUCAACUGCUGCAAAUGGGAUGGCAUCGUUUGCCACAAUGAGACGGGCAGAGUAACGCAAGUAAACCUUCCGGGGGUAUUUACACGCGAUGAUGCUCCUUUUUCGACAAAUAUGAUCGGUGAGAUUUCCCCUUCCAUAGCUCUCGUCACAAAUCUUGAAGUUCUUGAUCUCAGUUCAUCCAUCAAUCUGAAAGGAAGCAUCCCACAAGAAAUCUGUAAGCUUUCAUCGCUCAGAGAGUUGAACCUCGCUCAUAACAUGCUAACCGGCCCUGUUCCAGAAAAUUUCGGUAAGUUAACUAAACUCGAAGCAGUAUAUCUCAACGAUAAUAGCUUAUCUGGAACUCUGCCUACAAGUUUCGGGAAAAAACUGAAAAAACUAGUUUUAAACACAAAUAAAAUUUCCGGGGAAUUACCUGAUGCUUUAGUUGAGUUGACGAAUCUGGUGAUACUGGAUCUCGGAGGAAAUGUUCUGUCCGGUCCUAUACCAAAUGAGAUUGGUAAUUUGCGGGUUUUAGAACAGCUUGACCUUUCGAAUAAUAAAUUAAGCGGGAAGAUCCCAAUUUCAAUAGCCAACUUAACCGCCCUUACACUCCUGGAUUUAGAAAGUAAUCGCCUAGAAGGAAAUAUCCCGUUUCCUUCAAACAACAGCUAUAUGCGAUCUCUAGCCUACCUGAAUCUGAAUAAUAACCAACUCAAUGGACAAAUACCUUCCACCUUUGGAUCGUUAACCUCACUUAAGAGACUGCACCUAGAAAAUAACAAGUUCGACGGUCCUAUUCCUUCCAGCUUCGGUAAUCUCUCAUCUGUAAGUGAAUUGUAUCUAGGUGGAAACAAUUUAUCAGGUAAUUUACCAGCAUCCAUUGGCCAAAUGAAAGAGUUACUAGUUCUAAGUGUUCCCCGUAACUCCAUCAAGGGUCCUUUGCUCAAGGAGAUCUCUUUGAUUCCAUAUCUCCAAAUUCUUGAUCUGUCGUUUAAUGCUUUAAAUAUUUCCUCCAUCCCAAAAUGGCUAGUAGAAAUGCAUUCAAUUAGCACCCUUAACCUAGCUGGAAAUAAUAUCAAUGGUCCAAUACCAGAAAUCUUGAAGUAUGCCGCCAGUUCUUUAAUGGAGCUUGACCUAUCAGUCAACAAUUUAACCGGACCUAUACCUGAAUGGCUAGGGAGCUUUGGUAGGCUCUACUCUCUGAAGUUGUCAAGGAAUUCACUGGAUUCAGGGAUACCCGCUUCAGUUCUACGGUUGAACAGCUUGGGAAAUCUUGAUCUUCAUUCAAAUAGGCUGACUGGGAGUAUAGACGUGUUUCAGGAAUUGAAUGGCAACAUGUUGAAUUUAGAUCUUUCAGACAAUCAAUUCUCUGGCGGGAUUGGAACACUAGGAAAAGGAUCGUCAGGGAAAAAUAUACGAAACCUGAAUCUGUCACGUAACAAGUUAAGUGGUGGCGUACCAGAUUCCAUUGGAAUCAUGGAAUCACUAGAACGUUUGGAUUUGAGCUACAACCAGUUGGGUUCUCGUCUGCCACAAGUUCUGGGAAAUGUAAGCAUGUUGGUGUCGGUCUUGCUGGAGAAGAACCAGUUCACAGGAGAAGUGCCGAAAAGUUUCCUGAAUCUGAACAGACUGCAUGAGUUCAACUUGUCGUAUAAUAAACUGGAAGGAGAAAUUCCUUUUGGGAAGCCGUUGAGUGAUUUUCCUAUAAGCGCAUUCGUGGGAAACAAAGGCUUGUGUGGUAAACCUCUCAUUCCAUGCAAGAGAUGA